UUUCUCUAUUCAGUACUCUUGAUUUUGAGGCUGAAGUGAAAAUUAGAAGCUGUUCAUUCCGUCUCACAGACUAGGUUGCAUUUGCUUAGUCUUAUUCCAUAACAGUAGGAUGGAAAGAGGUCAGUAACAGUGGAAUCUGACUGAUCAUCCAGACCAGAGUAUUGUACACACAAAUAAAGUUCCAUCAAAAUGGACUACUUUUUGGAUGUCGAGUCUGCUCACAGACUGUUUUACAGUCAAGGAGCCCAAGCUCGUCGGGCAACUCUUCUCACUGUGCCCACACUGAUGUCGGCUUCUUCUGAGGAGGACAUAGACCGGAGACCCAUUAGAAGACUCCGGUCUAAGAGUGACACUCCAUACUUAGAAGAAGCUAGGAUCUGCUUCAACCUUGACACAUCUCGCCGGGCCACGCUGCUCACCGUACCCACAUUAAUGGCGGCAUCUUCCGAGGAGGACAUCGACCGCAGACCCAUCCGCCGCGUCCGCUCCAAGAGCGACACCCCUUACCUCGCCGAGGCCCGCAUCUCCUUCAACCUCGAGGCAGCUGAGGAAGUGGAAAGACUGGCUGCAAUGCGUUCAGAUUCUCUAGUACCUGGGACUCACACGCCUCCGAUCAGAAGAAGAAGCAAAUUUGCCACUCUUGGAAGGCUUUUUAAGCCAUGGAAAUGGAGGAAGAAGAAGAGCGAAAAAUUUAAGCACACUUCUGCAGCUUUGGAAAGAAAGAUAUCAAUGAGGCAAAGCAGAGAGGAGCUUAUAAAACGAGGAGUGCUGAAGGAAAUUUUUGAUAAAGAUGGGGAACUUUCCAUACCAAAUGACGAAGGAGCUUUGGAGAAUGGGCAGCCUCUGGGCUCUGGACCAGUGCUGAGCUCCAGCCAAGUAUCGCUUCCAGCCCUAGCAGAACUGGAGUCAGGUUCUGCACCUGGGGAACCCUGCUCAUACGAGGUGCUCCCAACCACAGAGAUCAUGGAUGGGACAGUGUCUGAAGAGAGCCCCACAUCCAAUGAAUCCGGCGUCCUCCUGUCCCAAGAUCCUGCAGCCAUGCCAGUCCUGCUACUUCCCCCAAAAAAAUCUGCUGCUUUCCCUGGAGACCAUGAGGACACCCCAGUGAAACAGUUGUCCCACCUCAAACAGCCCCCUGCCCUGCCUCCUAAACCUAUUGCCAGGAUUGCCAGCCACUUAACUGAUCCUGGCGCUCCUGUGAAACUGCCUUGUAUGCCAGUUAAACUGUCACCUCCACUACCUCCAAAGAAAGUCAUGAUUUGCAUGCCUUUAGGGGGGCCAGACCUCUCUCUCUCAUCCUAUUCCACACAGAAGAGCUCCCAGCAGCCUUUGAGUCAUCACACUGUGCUGCCAUCCCAGUUAGCAGCUCACCAGCACCAGCUCCAGUACAGCAGCCACAGCCAGCACCUGCCUUCUGGGUCCAGCACAUUGCCCAUUCACCCUUCAGGGUGCCGGAUGAUAGAGGAACUGAACAAAACACUAGCCAUGACCAUGCAAAGGCUAGAAAGCUCUGGUUUACAUACAGGUGAUAGUGUUACAAAAACGGGACCUGGAGGCCUUCCAGAUAUGAGACAAGUGCCAACUGUUGUGAUUGAAUGCGAUGACAAUAAAGAAAAUGUGCCUCAUGAAACCAACUAUGAAGAUUCUUCCUGCCUCUACACAAGACAGGAAGAAGAGGAAGAGGAAGAUGAGGAUAACUCAUUAUUUACAAGCUCUCUGGCAAUGAAAGUCUGCAGGAAGGACUCUUUAGCAAUCAAACUCAGCAACAGGCCUUCCAAGCGAGAGCUGGAGGAAAAGAACAUCCUCCCCAUGCAGACGGAUGAGGAGAGACUCGAACUUAGGCAGCAGAUUGGGACAAAGUUAACAAGACGACUGAGCCAAAGGCCGACUGCUGAAGAAUUGGAGCAGAGGAACAUUCUGAAACCCCGGAAUGAGCAAGAGGAGCAGGAGGAAAAACGAGAGAUAAAGAGAAGAUUAACACGUAAGCAAGAGCACUGGCAUAGGAGUCAGUGCAUCAUAUUUCUGCUCGUAGCUGUGCCAUGGGCCUCCCAGGUCAUCUUGAGCUGGUUGCUCUGUCUCUGUGACGUAAUGAACACACAAACACCAGGGUAAGUUUAGGGAUCAAUAACUUCAACUACUUUUUUGAGGACAGGCUCCCUUCUUAUACCAUUAGCUCUACAAGCAGUACUUUCCCACUAUUCAUUGGUUAACAACUUUGCCCCGCAACAGCAAACAUUUAGCAGCUUCCAUGUCUUAAGGGUUGGAGAACAAGCAGUUUGAGACACCAAGGCCUCUCCUGAAUCACCCUUCUUUGUUCCUUCUAACUCGUUUACAGUCGUCAUGGUUUCAUCGUCAGGAGUCCGAUGUUACCACCAACCACGGGGCUUGUCGACCCCCAUGGCGAUACUCCCACAUCUCCUCCUUCUUUAUUAACAAAGAAAGCAUGAUUAACACAAAUUAAGACACAGAGAAAAACUAUCUUUAACAAACUUUGUAACCACAUCCCUGGGAGAGGCGGGCACUGAGUGCUGCCCAGCUGAGGGACUCUGGCUGCCCCUCCAGCUCCUGGAGAUCCUGUUUGUGGGUCCUGCAUGUGCCAGCGGGACCUCCCCAUAUGUUGUUUUUUUGUUUGAGCUGGAAUCCAAACCAUGGAGGAGAGUGCUGUGAUCAUGAUAAGGCAGAUGAUGAGACGGCCAGACGGACCCAUCAUGCUGACACCCAUCUAGGACCGGCUCCUGCUGAAACACAAGCAUACCCUCAGCCCCAAGUUACUAGAGAGUAGGGCCCUUCCCAUUGAUUGGUGCUUUAAUUUUUUACCAUGACUUGUGCCCUUUCUUUAACUGAGUUUAAGGUAUUAUGAUUAAAAUGUUUGUGAACUGGAGGACCUUCCUCUGUCCAUCGAUUUAAAAAAUUAAGAACAUAGCAUGCUUUAGCUAUCCUUUCCUGGGGGGUCAUACCCAUACUCCCCCUUUUUUGUUUUUGAAGCAUAGCUUUUAGGGUACCAUGGGCCCGUUCAAUAAUUGCUUGACCUGUGGGAGAGUGGGGUAUACCCAUCAGGUGUUGAAUGCCCCACUGUUGAAAAAAAGUGGGUUGCGUGGGCCACAUAUCCUGGCCCAUUAUCUGUUUUAAUCGUUUUUGGGAUUCCUAAUGUCACAAAAGCUGACAGAAGAUGUUUACACACAUCCUUUGCCUUUUCUCCUGCAUGGACAGAUGCAAAAAUACAGGCAGAAAAGGUAUCAACUGAAACAUAAACAUAGUGAAGUUUUCUGAAUUCUGGCAAACGUGUAACAAACAGUCCUUUAAAUCUAUUACUAUUAAUGUCCAUGACUGGGGGAGCAUAAUUGGAGAUGGCAAUCCUGGUUGAAGUGCUCCCAUAUCUCCCAUGACUUCAUUAAUUUUUCUCAGAUCAUAUAUCAGUCUCCACUUUCCAUUCCUUUUCUUGAUUACAAACACCGGCGAGUUCUAGGGGCUAGUCGUGGGGACAUGUCUCGCUUUAAGUUGUUAAGCAACUCGGCCUUCAGGCUCUUUGUAUCCUAUUCCUCCCGGAUCAAAGGAAAACAGAUCCGGCUCCUUUUCAGUGCCUGUAGGGCCUGGAUCAAAAGGAACGUCCAGGUAACCAGGCAGCGUAACAGCAAAGGUCUGUGUUGGCAGUAGGAGCAGGUAUGCCAAUGGCGUAGCAGGCGGAUCGGCAGACGAACCCGCAGCACCCUCACUAUCUGGCAAACCACAUGUUUCUGAUUGUGGUCCCACAUGGCUUGUUAAAGCCUCAGAGAUUGCUUGCCAGGUGCCGAGCAAUCCCGCCACAACCUUGUCGUUUUUAGUAGCAGAGUCCAAAAGCUUGACCCCAGUUUGGUCCUAUGUUUCAGGAUCGUAAACUGUCUGAUUCGUAAUAGAGGGAAUAAUCAGGAAGGUUCCCAGGACAUUCUUUGUUUCUAAGAACAUAUGACUCCCCAUAACGUGCAGCUGCUUACCUUCGGCCAGUGAGAGGCAGUUGUGUGCGCGGGUCCGCUUCUCUCAGCUUCAGCUUCCUUUCAGCACGGGAUCUGCUUCUUUCAGCUUGCUGAGUUCAGCCAAACCUAUCUUCAUGAGGCGAUCAGUGUCCCUGUUCCUGUCCUGGUCCCUGUUCAGUUAGCCUGUCCCUAUUCAUUCAUUUUUUGUUUUUGUCCCUGUUCUGUUAGCUUGUCCCUGUUCCUGUUCUUCAGGUCCCUGUUCUUCAGGUCCCUGUUCUUCAGGUCCCUGUUCGGGCGCCAUUUGUGGCAUAAUGACCACACAAACACCAGGGUAUCUUUAGGGAUCAAUAACUUCAACAACUUUUUUGAGGACAGGAUCCCUUCUUAUACCAUCAGCUCUACAAGCGGUACUUUCCAACUAGCUAUUCAUUGGUUAACAACUUUGCCCCGCAACAGCAAACAUUUAGCAACUUCCAUGUCUUAAGGGUUGGAGAACAAGCAGUUUGAGACACCAAGGCCUCUCCUGAAUCACCUUUCUUUGUUCCUUCUAACUUGUUUACAGUCGUCAUGGUUUCAUCGUCAGGAGUCCGAUGUUACCACCAACCACGGGGCUUGUCGACACGCCAGCAAUACUCCCACAUCUCUGAGCUUCACUUGCCCCAGUAGCUCAGUGGGAACAGAGAUGGAAACCGCCACUGUAAUAGGGUGUACAAGUACUUGAAAUUACACGGGUUGCAUGUUUCUGAAGCAAAGUUGGGGCAGCUAAAAAUAAUAUCUAGUAGUCAUAUGACUUCAGAGGAAGAGAAUAAUCAGCUUUUAGUCUGCAUUGCAUUCAGGUAUCAUCUAAGACUGGAAAAUGCACAAUAACACUGAAAUUUCAUAGUGUGCUUAUGCACUUGACAUUUUUUCAUGUAUAACUAAUUAUGUGCACCAUUCUUCACACCCAGUGAAGGGAUACAGUGAACUUCAGUGCUGUGAAACAUGUGGGUGAUGCACCUAACUUGGUUUUAUGCAUUUGUGAACACAAGAACUUACCUCAGGUUUGUCUCAUUUUAUCAUAUGGUGCUCGACAUUUACCAUUAUUUCUGUGAUUUUAACCCAGACCCAGAGCACCACAGAAGCCAUAUCAGCUGUUAAAGACCCUGGUGCUGCAUUUAAGUAAAUACCAGUAGUAAAUUUACAUUGGCAGCAAAAGUACCACUGCCUCAGUGGCCCUUGGUGCUCUUGCAUGCUUGAUGCCACCUAGACAUUGGCUUGGCAUGGCAUGUUGUAGUGUAUCAGCAGUCAUCUGCCUUCACCUGUGGAAAAACUUGCUCAUCACUAAGAUGAGCACAAACACAAGAGUCAGCUAGUGUCAAGAGUUGACAGAAGCUGUGAAAUAGAGCCAGUCAUUUUUUGAAAGGCCUCUUCCAGAUUGAAAAGCUUAUAGGAGUUCUUGUUUCCCUUGUAGACAUUUAGAAACGCCGUUAAAUUGACAGGAUUUCAUAUUUUCUUGAUGUCAUCAUACUCCAUGUAAUAAGACAUUUUAUUAAAAAAUAUCCCAUUCUGAUUUCAAAUAGAGUCUAGGCUUUGUCCUGGAAUGAUAAAAGCUGAAAAGUGUACAGAUAAUAUUGGUGAUUCAUCCUUAAUUCAAGCUGUUGUGAGGAAAAAAAAAAAAAAAGAAGCAGAUGAUGGAAGUAAAGAUGGAGUCUCACCCUUAGAAAUUUUUGGCUGUAAUCAUAAUAUUAUUUUAGUAUAAAGAUUUUCUCUAUUCGCAUAGCCUGAGCAUAGAUUUAAAAGAAAAAUUGGAAGAAAAAUUCUGCUGUGCUAUCUGAAUGAUAAUGUAUCAGUGCCAACAAAUUUGCCAGCUCCUAGUACUAGGGCUGAUAGAAAAAACUAGCAAUUUGAAAUCACAUUUGAUAGGAGUUGUAGGACAGAGAGAAGCCUCACUCACAGCAUAAUUGUGGUUAUACACCAGGCUUGGUACAAGUUUGUAUUUCUUGCUUUUGUUAAAAGCUCAUCUGUUAAUUGUACUGUGUAUUUGGCUUGCAGGUAACUUAGGUUUAGGUAUCAGAGUUGCAGGAUGAAGAAGCAAUUCUGUUUUGUAUGAAGAGUGAAAAAUUACAUUUUUAAAUCUAUACAUGUUUCAAUCUAUUUUAUUGCACCCACUGGUUUUUCUGACUUCUUUAUUUAUUUAUUUAAAUUAUACCUGCUGUAUAUGCAUUUUUCUUGUAAAACAAAGGUGACCAGAACAUGGAGUCUAAGUUCAGAAAGGCAUGCUUCUUACUGACCUCAGCAUAAAUGUGCUAUUUGACUGACUAGAGUAUGGCUGGCCUGAACACAGGUAUAUAAAAUGGGGCUUUUCUUGGGAUGCUUUUGGAGGAAAUAAGAGGAAGUUUGUAAAUCCUGGGUGACAAACACAUGCGGAGCAGCUCCUCGCAUGAGUCUUCAUGCCUCCCACAGAAGAUGGUGUGUAUGAGAAAACUGUCUACUUUUAAGAUCUUUGCAAUAUUCAGAAGUUUCUAAUUUGUUCUUUUUCAAAACAGCAAGGAGUUUUUUUCUCCUAUUAAAUGUUGUAAUUUACCUUAAAAUGACUUUGGAGACAAUACAUGAAUCACCAAGCUGCAACUUGAUCGAUGCCUGUUGUCCUAGGCAAGGGCAUUAUGUGGCAGAGUGUAGAGUAGUGCUCCUGGAUACACUUUUUUUUUCCCAUGAUUUCUCUCUAUUCUGUGCGUGCAAAAUAGUUCAGCUGUAGCCAGGAGGGGUAGAGCAUGGCUCCUGUUCUCCUGAGCAGCUCUGAGAAGAUGGGGCAUUAGCGCAGCUUUGCAGACUCUCUACGUACGUUUGAACCCACUUUGUGAGUGAGAGCUCAGAACUAUCUGUGUAAGGAAAGCAGCCCCACUGUCACCUCCAGGAACAACCCUUUCUUAAAAAAGAGAAGAGAGGCAACCAUCCAUUGCAAGGCCGAUCACACAGGAACUUAAAUGCAGAGGCAGGUUGGGGUGAUGGAACAAACUUGCACCUGGAUGAUGGAGGGAAGUAGUCUUCUUUCUUGUGAUCUCACAAUUUUUUCAUCCUCUACUUAGCAUCCUGUCUGGUUUGAGUCUUAAUUCAGAAUAUUCAUCUGAGAGAUGAAAUGCAAGGACCUGAGAUACUUAAUUUGGGAUGUAGGUGGAAUUGCAUUCAGGAGCCUAAUUACCUUUGCAGAAAAGAGUCUCAAGUGUUUUAUUUACUUCUUAACUUUUCACUAGUCAAAAGAGUGAAGUAUUGCAAAGUUAACUUUUUCUAAUGGUAGUAAUAGCAUGAUAUACUGUCUAGCUAAUUGUUAGCAGGAUGCGAUUGUUUUUCCUGGUAAUAUGAUUACAGAUGUUUCACUAAUGGAGGAUUAGCAGCUUAGGUACAUCCAUGUGCACAUAUCUGUAGUACCUUUCUUCAGAAACAGUUGUGUAAUUCCACUUGACACUAACCAGCAAGCUGUGCAUCCAAGGAGAAUUGAUCCCCAAAAAACAAUAUCUGUCCUUGGCCAUGUAACUGGCUGGACACUAUGUAGACUACCAGCACACUACUGUUUCUAAUUUGAGAAAAUAUUUUUGACUGUGGCUGCCCAUUCUGCUGUGGAAUUUGAAAGAACUGGCUUUGGAACAGUGAAGAGGCUUUCCUGACAUGAUACAAUCCACCCUUGUAACUUUUUCUUUGGCUUGUAGUAUGCAAUAUAAACUGUUAAAGUCAAAUAUGCUGUGACAAAAAAUUGAGCUGCAGCACAAAGUGAAAAGUUCAGCAAGCAAUAGUCAUCAUCCUGCCCGCCUUUUCAGGACAUAAGGACAAGUCUGUGGAGUAUCAGAAUGGUAAGGAAAGUUGUUUGUCACUUUUUGCAUAUAAUUCAGGGCAGGAAAUGCUCUGUUCCUGUGGCUAACUCUUCUCAGGCAGUACUAAAGCACACACAGCAGCUCAAGGCAGGGGAGCGUACAGGUUGUCUGAAGUUUUGUUGUGGUCUUCAUCUCUUUCUGAGACAUCCGUGCACUAUGUUUCUUACAUUAUAUCUAAUUUCUGCCAGGGGUGAUCAACCUCAACCAGGGAUCAGGGUCUCCAGCCACAGCUGCUACCCAAACAACAGUGUGCUGCUCCAGAAGCAAGGUGGGAUGAAAAACAAAGUGCUGUAGGAAGCAACAGAUUAUGUAUCUCCCAGGUAGCAAGUCUGUGAAAGGUUAUAUAAAAACAACAGUACCAGGAAUAUCUGAACCCUCUUGGUAUGGCAAUGAUGGUUGUAGUAAAACAGAUCACCAAAUAGUACUUUGCAGGGAAGAAGGCAAGUCCUGAUGUCUUUUUGCACUCCUUCCUC